AGUGUUAACUGUUCUUAUUAAUUGAAUAAAAAGAAUAAUUAGAUCUUCGGAUAUUGAACGGGUUCGAUUUCGAGGAUACCUAGAAUUUAAUCCCGUAUAGAUAUAGGUGUAAUAUUAUCUACCACAGCCAACUAGCUUUGGAGAUCACUUAAGCCCCACAGAGGGCAAGUUCCGACCAUGGGGAUAACUGGUUUUGGCUGUACACAACGUUAACCAGUUCAUUUUUCUACUUCUCCAUUCUCUGAGUUUCCUUAUCCCUUCUUCUUCUUCUUCUCCAAACGGAUUCUGAAACACGAUAAAAAAAUAAAGGACGGACAAGUAGUGCUCGAUACUUGUCUUCUUUUAUGGAUAUCUUCUCAAACAAGCAAGUAUUGAUCGUUGGGAUUUUGUCAAAGCUAAUAUUAUCAAUCUUCUUGAUGUUAACUGAGUCUGGACUCAGUGGUUCCGCCAUUAAUGUUCCUGCAAACUUCGUCUUCGGCGACUCUUUAGUCGACGUGGGAAACAACAACUACAUCGUUUCGCUCUCCAAGGCUAACUAUGUCCCCAAUGGCAUUGACUUUGGUCAACCAACCGGACGCUUCACCAAUGGCAGAACCAUCGUUGACAUUAUAGGUCAGGAGCUGGGUCUUCAAGGCUUUACUCCACUUUACUUGGCACGUUCAACCAGAGGGAUUUCUGUGCUCGUUCACGGCGUCAAUUAUGCUUCUGGUGGUGGUGGAAUUCUCAAUCACACUGGCAAAAUUUUUGGUGGGAGAAUUAACUUGGAUGCACAGAUAGAUAACUUUGCAAAUACCAGACAAGAUAUAAUAUCCGCCAUUGGAGUUUCUGCAACUCUAGAGCUUCUUCAAAAUGGGUUGUUCUCAAUCACAAUUGGUUCAAAUGAUUUUAUCAAUAAUUACUUAACACCAGUUAUUUCAGUCCCGGAGCAGAAACUUGUUUCUCCUCAAGUUUUUGUAGCAACCAUGAUUUCAAGAUUCAGAUUACAACUCACUAGAUUAUAUAUGUUGGGUGCUCAAAAAAUAAUUGUAGCAAAUGUUGGACCGAUUGGAUGUAUACCUUUCCAGAGAGAAUUAAAUCCAGAGGCAGGAAAUAAUUGCUUCAGUUACCCAAAUCAGCUGGCUCAGAUGUUCAACACUCAGCUGAGAAGCCUCAUACAAGAGCUUAGUAGUAAUUUGGAGGGGUCAAAAUUUGCCUAUGCAAAUGUUUAUGGCAUUGUGGAUGACAUAAUUCAAAAUUCCAGAUCGUAUGGAUUCGAAAAUUCCGAUUCGUCGUGCUGCUAUCUCGCGGGGAGAUUUGGCGGGUUGAUUCCGUGUGGACCUCCAUCUAAAGUUUGUCCGGACAGAUCAAAGUACGUGUUCUGGGAUGCCUUUCAUCCCUCGGAUUCUGCUAAUCUCAUCAUCGCGAGACGUCUUCUUGACGGCAAUUGUAAUGAUAUCUUCCCUUUUAACGUCAGACGACUCGUCACUCUAUGAUUUUGAAUGAUAAAGAUUACGGAAAAGUAAAAUUCACUACGUAAUUCUACUUAAUCGAUUCUCAUUCCAAUAAAAAAAAGAACAUAAUAUUUUUGUUUCCGAUUAUUUUUCAUCAAAAAUAGGUAAUGCCAUCGAAAAUUUUUUACUCAUUGUUUUUGGGUGCAAUGAAUAGAUUUCUGGGUUAUUUUUCAUUUGGGGAGACUAGUAAUUAGAGCCAGCUGGUGGGCUGUUGGUGCAGAACUCAGACACGAGAGAUUCAUUAAUGGUGCGCCUUUGGAUAGGACCAGACUCAAUAAAUAAGGAGGCUCAGUCCCCUUUGAUGCCUUCCGGGAAGUCACCAAUGGCUAGCCAACUUGGGUCACAGUGGACUACACUCUACUAGUUCUGUCAUUUUCUGUAACACAGCUUUGGGUUUGGUGCUCAAUACUCACUUCAAUUCAGAAAUUUUAAUUCUCA